AUGGAUCUGAAGGACCGUAGGCACCGCUCCCUGACCAGGGGACGCUGCUCCAAAGACUCUCAGUACAACACCUCCUCCCUGGACGCAGAUGAGUGCCGGGUGCCGACCCAGAAGUCAUACAGCUCCAGUGAGACUCUCAAGGCCUUCGACCACGAGCAGAGGCUGCACUAUGGCGGCUGUGUGACUGACCUGGUUCACCACGAGGCUGAUGAGUACUCGAGGCAAGGGGGUAACUUCACCCUGGCAGAGCUGGGUGUAUGCGAGCCAACUCCCUCUCCGCACCCCGCUGCUGUUCCCUACUGUCCCGACUUGGGCCUCCUCCAGAGAGGCUACUCCCUCAGCGCCGGCUCCGAUGCCGACUCUGACCCAGAGGGGCCGCUGUCCCCAGAGCGCGCCAUCCAGCUGUGGGCCGGAGGAGGAAGAGUAAAAUCCCGCCGCAGCUCAGGAGUGUCCAGUCGCGAGAACUCAGCCCUCACUCUCACCGACUCGGAGAAUGACAACAAAUCUGACGACGAGUCAGGUCGCCCACUCCCUCCAACCUCUUCCUCCUCCCUGCUCCCUCCAUCCCUUCCGUCCUCCUCGUCCGCCCCUCACCACCCCUCCCCCGGCCCGUCUCCACCGAUCAGGGAAUGCCAGGUGCCCCUGCUGGAGAAAAACUCCACCCACUCUCACCUGGAGCCCCACCCGGAUGACUCAUACUUGCUCCGUGGCCAGCCCUCCACCACGGGGGCUGCCAACCACCACAGUCAGUCCACACUACGGCCUCCACUGCCCCCUCCGCACAACCACCACACCUUAUCCCACCAGUCUGCCAACAGCCUGAACAGAAACACCUUGAGAGGGGGACGUAACCCCAUUCACGCCCCUGCUCCGGGCCCUGGAGAUGGGCCGACCACCCCUGAGUCGGUCCAGCUACAAGACAGCUGGGUGCUCAACAGUAACGUCCCGCUGGAAACCAGGCAUUUCUUAUUCAAGACAUCGUCAGGGACCACCCCUCUCUUCAGUAGCUCAUCUCCUGGUUACCCUCUAACUUCGGGGACGGUGUAUUCUCCUCCCCCUCGCCUGCUACCCAGAAACACCUUUUCCCGCUCAGCCUUCAAGCUAAAGAAGCCGUCCAAGUACUGCAGCUGGAAAUGUGCCGCGGUGACAGCCAUCGCAGCUGCUGCCCUGCUGGCCAUCCUACUGUCCUACUUCAUCGCGAUCAACUUGCUGGGUUUGACAUGGCAGUUGAAGCCAUCCGACGGCCCUGUGUUAAACAACGGACUGGGAGCUGGCUUGCCUGUCAACAAUGAUGUGGCCACGCUGCCCUCUGGAGGCAGAGGACCGUGGGCAGGCCGGAACAGCAGUAUAGACACAGGCAACAUUGAAGUCGGGAGACGAGUGACCCAAGAAGUACCCCCAGGAGUAUUUUGGAGGUCCCUGCUCCACCUCAGUCAACCCCAAUUCCUCAAGUUCAACAUCUCUCUGGGCAAGGAUGCCCUGUUCGGAGUGUACAUUCGCAAGGGCCUGCCUCCUUCACAUGCACAGUAUGACUAUAUGGAGCGGCUGGAUGGGAAGGAGAAGUGGAGCGUGGUCGAGUCUCCACGGGAGAGGAGGAGCAUCCAAACUGUGGUCCUCAAUGAGGCAGUGUUUGUCCAGUACUUGGAUGCCGGUGCCUGGCACCUGGCCUUCUACAACGACGGCCGGGAGAGGGAGACUGUUUCCUUCAGCACAAACAUCAUGGAUUCAGUGCAAGAGUGCCCGCGCAAUUGCCAUGGUAACGGAGAGUGUAAUUCUGGUGUGUGCCACUGCUUCCCAGGAUUCCACGGCAUGGACUGCUCCAAAGCGGCAUGCCCGGUGCUUUGCAGUGGCAACGGCCAAUACGACAAGGGCUCCUGUGUGUGUUACAGCGGCUGGAAAGGACCCGAGUGUGAUGUCCCCAUCACGCAGUGCAUCGACCCUCUUUGCAGUGGCCACGGCACCUGCACCGACGGCAACUGCGUGUGCUCCAUCGGCUACAAAGGGCCGAGCUGUGCAGAGGUGGAUUGCCUGGAUCCGACAUGUUCCAACAAUGGCAUCUGUGUGAAUGGGGAGUGCCACUGUAAGCCAGGCUGGGGAGGGCUCCACUGCGAGCUGCCCAGGGCCCAGUGCCCAGACCAGUGCCAUGGCCACGGUGCCUUCAUACCAGACACUGGGCUGUGCAGCUGUGACCCCAACUGGAUGGGACCCGACUGCUCUAUGGAGGUUUGUUCAGUUGACUGCGGGACCCAUGGCGUGUGCAUGGGCGGAGCUUGUCGCUGUGAGGAGGGUUGGACCGGUGCGGGCUGUGAUCAGCGUGUGUGCAAUCCUCUCUGCAUCAAACACGGAACCUGCAAAGACGGGAAGUGCCAGUGUCACCAGGGCUGGAAUGGAGAGCACUGCACCAUCGGUAAGCAUGCCUGUGGAGACGGAGAGACAGACGGCUGUCCUAACUUGUGUAACGGGAAUGGCCAGUGCACCAUGGGACAGCAGAGUUGGCAUUGCGAAUGCCAGACAGGUUGGAGGGGCCCGGGCUGCAGUGUUGCCAUGGAGACCUCCUGCGCCGACAACAAGGACAAUGAAGGAGAUGGACUAACAGACUGCAUGGACCCAGACUGCUGCAUCCAGAGCCCCUGUCAGAACAGUCCGCUGUGUCGGGGCUCCAGGGACCCUCUGCUAGUCAUCCAGCAGAGCCCAAUGUCCCAACCCCGCGUACGCUCCUUCUAUGACCGCGUCAAGAUGCUUGUGGGAAGGGACAGCACACAUAUCAUCCCUGGUGAAAACCCAUUCAACUCCAGUUUGGCAUCUCUAAUCCGGGGUCAGGUGUUGACUACAGAUGGAACCCCUCUGGUGGGGGUGAACGUGUCUUUUGUCAACUACCCCCACUACGGAUACACGCUGACACGGCAGGAUGGAAUGUUUGACCUGAUAGCUAACGGUGGUGCAUCACUGACUCUGCGGUUCGAGCGUGCCCCCUUCCUGAGCCAGGAGCGCACCGUGUGGCUGCCCUGGAGCCAGUUUUAUGCUAUGGACACUCUGGUGCUUAAGACAGAAGAAAACACGAUCCCUGGCUGUGACCUGAGCGGCUUCGUCAGGCCUGACCCUCUUGUGAUUGCAUCCCCUCUCUCCUCCUUCUUCAGCUCCAAGCCAGGGGAGAAACCCAUCAUACCGGAGACACAGGUCCUGCAUGAGCAGAUCGAGGUGCCUGGCACAAGUCUAAAGCUGUGCUACCUAAGCUCCAGGACCCAGGGUUACCGCUCCCUGCUCAAGGUGACCAUGACCCCAGCCGUGGUGUCCAUGGGCCUGCUGAAGGUUCACCUGAUGGUAGCGGUGGAGGGCCACCUCUUCCAGAAAUGGUUCCACGCUUCACCCAACCUGGCCUACACUUACAUCUGGGAUAAGACUGAUGCAUAUGGCCAGAGGGUCUACGGGCUUUCUGAGGCUGUUGUGUCGGUGGGCUAUGAGUAUGAGUCCUGUGCCAGUCUCAUUCUGUGGGAGAAGAGGACAGCCAUCCUGCAAGGCUAUGAACUAGAUCCCACCAAUCUGGGCGGCUGGUCGCUCGAUAAACACCAUAUACUCAACACACGCAGUGGCAUCCUUCACAAGGGAAGCGGAGAGAACAUCUUUGUGACGGAGCAGCCCCCAGUAAUCACCAGCAUCAUGGGAAACGGCCGUAGGCGCAGUAUCUCCUGCCCCAGCUGUAACGGCCUAGCAGAUGGCAACAAGCUGCUGGCACCCGUCGCCUUGGCAAUGGGCAUCGAUGGCAGCCUUUAUGUCGGGGACCUCAACUUUGUACGCAGGGUCUAUCCAUCUAUGAACACGACUGGCAUCCUGGAAUUAAGGAACAAAGAUUUCAGACACAGUAAUAACCCAACCCAUAAGUACUUCCUGGCAGUGGAUCCAGUAUCUGGGGCAUUGUUCAUCUCAGACACCAACUCACGACGAAUUUACCGUGUUCGCUCAUUAACUGGUGGCCGGCUGCUGUCGGAUAACGCUGAGGUGGUGGCUGGAACAGGAGAGCAGUGCUUGCCCUUUGACGAACGCUGUGGCGAUGGCGGCAAAGCUACUGAAGCUACACUUAUGAGCCCCAAAGGUAUCGCCGUGGAUAAAAAUGGGCUCAUGUACUUUGUGGAUGCCACCAUGAUCCGCAAGGUGGAUCAGAACGGCAUCAUCUCCACUCUGCUGGGGGCCAACGAUCUGACUGCCGUACGGCCACUGAGCUGUGACACCAGCAUGGACGUCAGCCAGGUGCGUCUGGAGUGGCCCACGGACUUAGCAGUGAACCCGAUGGACAACUCUCUCUACGUCCUGGAAAACAAUGUCAUCCUACGCAUCACUGAGAACCACCAGGUGAGCAUCAUAGCAGGGCGGCCUAUGCAUUGCCAAGUGCCGGGAAUUGACUACAGCCUCAGUAAGUUGGCCAUCCAUUCUGCCCUAGAGAGCGCCACAGCCAUCGCCCUGUCCCACACUGGAAUCCUCUACAUCGCCGAGACAGAUGAGAAAAAGAUCAACCGAGUUAGACAGGUGAGCACUAAUGGAGAAAUCUCUCUCCUGGCUGGCGCUGCCUCCGACUGUGACUGCAAGAAUGAUGUCAACUGCAACUGCUUCUAUGGUGAUGACGGCUACGCCCCUGAUGCCGGCUUGAACUCCCCUACUUCCUUGGCUGUGUCCCCCGAUGGGACGCUCUUCAUCGCAGACCUUAACAAUAUACGCAUCAGAGCUGUGCGAGCCAAUCGGCCCGGCCCUGCUGUCUCAAACGUGGGGUAUGGAGGAUCUGGGGGUGCGCAGUAUGAGGUUGCCUCACCAAGAGAACAGGAGCUAUAUGUCUUCAAUGGGGAGGGGCUUCACAUCCAGACUAUUAGCCUUGUGACUGGGGAGCCUCUUUAUAAUUUCACCUAUGGUCCUGAUGGAGAGCUAGCCAUACUGGUUGACAAUUGCAACAAUACAGUCAAGGUGAGGAGGGACGGCCAGGGCCAGGGAGGAGGGGCUGGCCUGCUCAGACUGGUGCUGCUGCCCGAGAAUCAAGUGGUCACACUGGGACUGGACCCCACUGGGGGGCUGCGUAGUGUGUCAGCCCUGGGCCAGGAGGUGGCUCUGAUGGGCUACAGUGGCAACACAGGCCUUCUGGCUACCAAAGCUGAUGAGACCGGAUGGACCACCUUUUACCAAUACGACAGCGAGGGCCGCCUGACCAACGUGACAUAUCCCACAGGCAUGGUAACGAGUCUCCACCGCGAGAUUGAGCGUUCCAUCAACAUCGACAUCGAGAGCUCCAGCAGAGACGAUGACGUCACUGUCAUCACCAACCUGUCCUCUGUGGAAGCCUCGUACACUGUGGUGCAAGACCAGGUAAGGAACAGUUACCAACUGUGCAACAACGGGACCCUGAGAGUGAUGUACGCCAAUGGAAUGGGCAUUAGCUUCCACACAGAGCCCCACAUCCUGGCAGGUUCUGUCAGCCCUACAAUUGGUCGCAGGAACAUCACCCUGCCAACAGACAACGGACUCAACUCUAUUGAGUGGCGUCUGCGCAAAGAGCAGACCAAGGGCAAGGUCACUGUGUUUGGCAGGAAGCUGAGGGCUCAUGGCCGUAAUCUCCUCUCCAUUGACUUUGACCGCAACACACGCACAGAGAAGAUUUACGACGAUCACCGCAAGUUUACACUACGCAUCAUGUACGACGCUCAGGGCCGCCCUGCAAUGUGGUUGCCCAGCAGCAGCCUGGCAGUAGUGAAUGUGUCCUAUUCUACCACUGGUCAGCUUGUUGGGCUGCAGAGGGGGAGCAUGAGCGAGAGGACAGAGUUUGACCCCCAGGGACGCAUCCUGUCACGUUCUUUUGUGGAUGGGAAGGUGUGGAGCUACAGUUACCUUGACAAAUCCAUGGUGCUGCUCCUGCAGAGCCAAAGACAGUAUGUCUUUGAGUUUGACGCCUCAGGUCGGGUCACAGCUGUCACCAUGCCCAGCGUGGCCCGCCACACCAUGUUCACACACGUGUCAGUGGGCUACAUCCGCAACACCUACAACCCCCCAGAGAGCAAUGCGUCUAUUAUCCAUGACUUCAGUGAGGAUGGCAGGCCCCAGGCCACGCAUUACCUGGGCACCGGUCGUCGUGUCCUCUACAAGUACGGCAAGCUGGCCAAGUUGUCAGAGAUUGUGUACGACAGCACUGCUAUCACUUUCGGCUAUGAUGAGACAGCUGGUGUGCUGAAGAUGGUCAAUCUGCAGAGCGGGGGCUUCUCAUGCACCAUCCGCUAUCGUAAAAUGGGUCCGCUUAUUGACAAGCAGAUCUAUCGCUUCAGUGAGGAGGGAAUGGUCAAUGCAAGGUUCGACUACACCUACCAUGACAACAGCUUCCGUAUAGCCAGCAUGAAGCCAGUCAUCAGUGAGACACCAUUGCCCGUUGACCUCUACAGAUAUGAUGAAAUCUCUGGCAAGGUUGAGCACUUUGGAAAGUUCGGGGUCAUUUACUACGACAUCAAUCAGAUCAUCACCACAGCUGUCAUGACGCUGAGUAAGCAUUUCGACACUCACGGUCGCAUCAAGGAGGUCCAGUACGAGAUCUUCCGUUCACUUAUGUACUGGAUGACAGUGCAGUAUGACAGCAUGGGACGGGUGGUGAAAAGGGAGCUCAAAAUCGGGCCAUAUGCCAACACCACUCAGUACCGCUAUGAUUAUGAUGGAGAUGGACAACUCAGCGGAGUCAAGGUGAAUGACUGGUCUACCUGGCGCUACAGCUACGACCUUAAUGGCAACCUCCACCUCCUGAACCCUGGGAACAGCGCCCGGAUCUUGCCACUCCGCUAUGACCUCCGGGAUCGCAUCACACGCCUGGGAGAUGUCCAGUACCGACUUGAUGAAGAUGGCUACCUCAGCCAGCGUGGGUCAGACAUCUUUGACUACAACUCAAAAGGUCAGCUGCUGAGGGCCUACAAUCGAGGCCCUGUCAGCUGGAGCGUUGUGUAUCACUACGACGGGCUGGGUCGCAGGGUCUCCACAAGGAACAGCCUGGGACAGCAUCUACAGUUCUUUUACGCUGAUCUCAACCAUCCAACCCGGGUCACACACAUUUUUAACCACUCCAGCUCGGACAUCUCGUCGCUAUACUAUGACCUGCAGGGUCAUCUAUUUGCCAUGGAGGUGAGCAGUGGAGAGGAGUACUACAUAGCUUCUGACAACACCGGCACACCCCUGGCUGUCUUCAGCAGCAAUGGACAGAUGAUCAAACAGGUGCAGUACACAGCUUACGGAGAGGUGUACCUUGACUCUAACCCAGAGUUCCAGCUGGUGGUUGGAUUUCACGGAGGUCUCUACGACCCCUUGACCAAGCUUGUCCACUUCACCCAAAGGGAUUACGACGUCCUUGCUGGACGCUGGACUUCACCAGACUACAGCAUCUGGCCCAAGAUAGGGAAAGAUCCCUCUCCAUUUAAUCUCUACAUGUUCAAGAACAACAACCCCCUCAGUGACAUGCUGGAUGUGAAAAAUUACGUCACAGAUGUGAAGAGCUGGCUGGUGAUGUUUGGCUUUCAGCUCAGUAACAUAAUCCCAGGGUUCCCUCGACACUCGCUCUACUUUGUGGAGCCACCAUAUGAGCUGCAGGCAACCCAGCACUGUGAGAACGGACAGCUCAUUACUGGUGUGCAGCAGGCUGCAGAGCGUCACAACCAGGCAUUCAUGGCCCUAGAGGGCCGUCUCCUCAACAAAGAACGUCGCAGGCGCAAGGACAAGCCAGGCCACUGGUUUGGCACCAGCACCCCCAUCAUAGGCCGCGGUGUAAUGCUGGCACUGAAGGAAGGCAGAGUGGUGGCUGGCGUGUCAGCUUUGGCCAGUGAUGACAGCCGUAAAGUGGCUUUGGUGCUGAAUGGUGCCCAGUACCUGGAAGGCACUCAUUACACCCAGGACGGGAAGGACUGUCACUACUUUGUGAAAGUGGGCUCUGCUGACAGCGACCUGUUGGCCUUGGGGCUUACCAACGGGCGCAAGUCACUAGAGAGUGGCAUCAAUGUAACGGUGAGUGGCCGGUCGAGAAGAGGAGUGACUGUGGAGUUUGCAGUGCCGUCGUUUGUACUGAGCAUUCGGUAUGGACUCGCUGUGGAUGUGGUGGAUGAGGAAAAAGUCAGACUGUUGGAACUGGCCAGGCAGAGGGCCUUGGCUGGGGCCUGGGCCAAGGAACAGCAGAGGGCCAGAGAUGGGAAGGGUGGCAGUCGCCUCUGGACGGAGGGGGAGAGACAACAACUUCUAACAACAGGUAGAGUACAGGGCUACGAUGGCUACUAUGUACUGCCUGUGGAGCAGUAUCCAGAACUGGCUGACAGCAGCAACAACAUCCAGUUCCUCAGACAGAACGAGAUGGGCAAGAGGUAA